AUGUCUCUUGUUUCGCUCACGAGCACGACUCCAGGUCCACAUUACCGUCGGCAGGUGUGCCGCGACACAACUUCGAACGGCCACUCGAAAUCAGACUUUGAGCUGGUUGUUGGUUUGAACAGGACCAGCACUUUUUCCUGUGAGGCCCACAACCGCAAAGGCGUGGCCACCUCUGGAUCUGGAACCAUCACGGUCCUCCCAUCAAAGCCUCAGAAUCUGCAAGCUUUGGAGAUCACUCCGACUAGUCUACAUAUAUCAUGGCAGCCCGGUUUUGGAGGCGACUACCCAAUAAUCCGCUGCUCUAUUCAGGCCAAACACUCGGGAGAAACCUUCACAGGAGGCCCAGAUAAGAUGAUCCACAAUCAGAACGUGAACAUCCCCCCAGCCUCGCACCUGAUCGGGGGCCUGGAACCCCACAGCCUGUACGCAGUGAGGGUGGCCUGCCACAGCAGCCAGGGCCCCUCCGCCUGGACCCCCUGGGUGGAGCUGCACACCAAAGAAGGAGUGCCAGAUCACCCGCCCGUUAACGUUAGCGCUGUGCUGAACGGGACAGACGUGCUGCUGACAUGGGAGGGGCCCCCAGGAAAGCUGAAUGGAGAACUGCAGGGCUACAUGGUGGAGUACAGCGCCCCCAACGCUCAGCAGUUUGUUGUGGACACUGGAUUGGACACCGAGCUGUCAAUCAAUCUGUCUGUCCCCCUGUCCAAUGUGACCUUUCGAGUGUGUGCCUAUACAGGGGUGGGGCAAGGACCCUGGACCCCCACACAGACCCUGACCCUUAUUACUCCUGAAAUGGAGGAAUUCAGAGGCCCGUCAACUCCCCCGGCUUUUUCCUGGCACUGGUGGUAUGUGGUGAUGGCCAUCGCCGGCGCCGUGUCCAUCGCUGUGCUCAUGGCUGUUUAUGUGGCCAAGCUGCGGCGCAAAGAGACGCGUUUUGGAGAGGCGUUUGAACCCAUGAUGGAGAGCGGAGAGCUGGUGGUCAGGUACCGCGCCCGCCGCACGUACAGCCGAAGGACCACAGAAGCAACAUACGACACCACAGUGGUCAGGCUUGUCAGCAACAAUGACGAGACGGCAUACAGGGAAGAGGUUGAACAUCUGGCAGAGUGGUGCGCUAACAACAACCUGGCUCUCAACACCAAGAAGAC